GCUUCAUUCCCCAAUGCAAAGGACGAUGCGUCACUCGCUCUAGACUCUAGAGAGAGAGAAAUUAUAGUAAGAAAAUUCAAAACUGUACACAGUCAGUAGUAGUACACACAGGCAUGACUCUGAAGCUCUUCAUCAUCGCCACCGUCGUGCUCGCCGGCGCUGUUACCGUUGCAUCUUGCCCACCGACUGACCGAGAGGCGCUGCUCGCCUUCAGGUCAGCCCUCCACGAGCCUUACCUUGGUAUUUUCAACUCGUGGAGUGGCUAUGACUGUUGCCACAACUGGUACGGAGUGAGUUGCGACCCGGAGACUCGCCAAGUCGCCGACAUCAACCUCCGCGGCGAGUCAGAGGACCCGAUCUUCGAGCGGGCCGGCCGGACUGGUUACAUGACAGGGACUAUCUCGCCGGCGAUCUGUAAACUGAGGCGGCUCUCCAGCAUCAUUAUCGCCGAUUGGAAAGGCAUCUCCGGCGAGAUUCCUACUUGCAUUACGUCGCUGCCGUUCCUCCGAAUCUUGGACCUGAUCGGGAACAAGCUCUCCGGUCCGAUUCCAGCUGGCAUCGGGAGACUCCAGAGGCUGACAGUGCUGAACGUAGCCGACAACCUCAUCUCCGCAACAAUCCCAUCGUCGCUCACCAGGAUAUCCACUUUAACGCACUUGGAUCUCCGAAACAACCGAAUCUCCGGCGAGCUUCCGCGCGACUUCGGCAGACUCGGAAUGCUGAGUCGCGCCUUACUGAGCCGGAACCAGUUCAGCGGCACGAUUCCGAGCUCAAUCUCCAACAUAUACCGGUUAGCCGAUUUGGAUCUCUCUCUGAACCGGCUCUCAGGUCAAAUACCGGCAUCACUGGGCAAAAUGGCGGUUCUCUCAACACUAAACCUGGACGGAAACCUAAUCUCGGGUCAAAUACCUAUAACUCUAAUUAACUCGGCGGUGAGCAUACUGAACUUGAGCCGGAAUGCUCUGGAUGGCGAAAUACCGGAUGCUUUCGGGCAGGGAUCGUACUUCACAUCUUUAGAUUUGUCAUAUAAUAAACUGAGAGGUCCGAUACCGAAAUCGAUGGCGGGGGCGGCGUAUAUCGGGCACUUGGACCUGAGCCACAACCACCUGUGCGGGAGGAUUCCGGGGGGGUCUCCGUUCGACCACCUGGAAGCGUCGUCGUUUGUGUACAACGAUUGCUUGUGUGGGAAGCCACUGAGGGCAUGCUGAGUGAAAAAAGAAAAAAGAAAAAAGAAAAAACUGGAUAUUGGAAUAGUAAUGAGUUUGGUGAGUAGUAAAUGGUUUGGCCAAAAUGCCAACGGUAUGUACUGAAUAGUUUUAAAUAUUGUCAAUAUUUUCAGUUUUCCUUAUGUUUUCUAUUCAAUAAAUUUGUCUAUUCUACGGCAUACAUAUUUAAAUGGGAGAUUUACCUUUUAUUUUA